UAAACAAGACCUCUCAAAUUGCACGCAUAUUUCGGCACCGCGCAGUUUUGCGCAUGGAUCUCCUCGACCCCUUUCUAAAGAUGACGGAAGAACAAGAGAAAUGUCUAUCUGACUCCCCAAGCCCCAGCCUGUCGGAGGGCUCAGUGGGUUCCCCCUGCCCAUCCGGUUCGGGAUCUGACGCAGAGAAUACCCGGCCGUCUGAGAACGCGCUCCGCCGUGCAGACGAGGCACUGCUGGGCGACUUCAAAAAGGAUGAGGACGACAAGUUCCCUGCAUGCAUCCGCGAGGCUGUGUCCCAGGUACUCAAGGGCUACGACUGGACCCUUGUUCCGAUGCCCGUGCGUGUAAAUGGAUCUAUGAAGAACAAGCCGCAUGUGAAGAGGCCGAUGAACGCUUUUAUGGUGUGGGCGCAGGCGGCGCGAAGGAAGCUGGCGGACCAGUAUCCGCACCUCCACAAUGCGGAGCUCAGCAAAACUUUGGGAAAACUCUGGAGGUGAGUAUCUGAGAGAAGUGAAAAAGUAUUUGUUAAAGAGGCUGAAAGGCUCCGGGUACAGCACAAGAAGGAUCAUCCGGACUAUAAAUACCAACCCCGGCGGAGGAAGACAGUAAAGAAUGGCCAAAGUGAGUCAGAAGACUGCAGUGACCGGACACAUAUCUCCACCAACGCCAUUUUCAAAGCUCUCCAGCAGGCAGACUCCCCUGCCUCCAGCAUGGGGGAGUUGCACUCUCCUGCUGAACACUCAGGCUCACAGGGCCCUCCAACCCCUCCUACCACCCCAAAGACUGAUUCCAGCUCAGGUAAGAUAGACCUGAAGCGUGAAGUGGGGCUCCGUGCUCUGCCUGACGGCACUGUUGGGCGCCAGCUAAACAUCGAUUUCCAUGAUGUAGACAUCACUGAGCUGAGCACCGAUGUCAUUUCUCACAUCGAGACCUUCGACGUCAAUGAGUUUGACCAGUACCUACCGCCCAAUGGCCAUCUGGGUCUAGCUGGCACCACUCCCAUCAGCUAUAUUGGCAGCUACAGCAUCAGCAACGGGGCCCCACUUAGUCCACAAGCAGGAGGGGGGGCAGCCUGGAUGACGAAAAGCCAGAACCAGCAAGGAGAGCAGCAACAGAUUACCCUAACCACAUUGGGGGGUGGGGGCUCAGAUGCUCCUCAGGCCCAGCCAAGGACCCAGAUCAAGAAAGAGCAGCUCAGUCCAAGUCACUACAGCGACCAGCAGAGUUCCCCACAGCACAUUACCUACAGCCCCUUCAGCCUGCAGCACUUCAGCCCCUCCACCUACCCAGCCAUCUCCAGGGCACAUCAGUAUGAGUACCCUGAUCACCAGGGGGGAGGUACAUCAUACCACAGCCAUGCGGGGGCAGGACAGGGCUCAAGUCUGUACUCUACUUUCAGUUACAUGGCAACCCCAGUCCAGUCCAUGUAUACAGCCAUAGCAGAUAACGCAGGGGCACCAUCGAUCCCUCAGGGCAGCUCGCAGCAUUGGGAGCAGGCUCCAGUUUACACCCAACUCACUCGACCAUGAGUUAAGAGACGCUGAUGCAGGACACAAAAACACAAAUCUUACAUAUAAAACUUAACACUUUAUGGGGGGGGCUUUCCCUGAAUAAGACACUUGAAUUCAAAGAAGAGAAUUGCUACACUAAAUGGUUGGCUCACUUAGUGCCUUGCUUAUUUUAUCACAUUAGGAGCAUAUAUUUUUGGAAAGAGGAAAACACUUAAGACAAUCCUCUGUGAGGAUUUAUUCUUUGUUAAUAUUUCUUCAGGUACUGUGUAUGAUUUAUUAUCAAUGGUGGCAGUUUUAAGCUCAAAGAAGGAGUUGGAGAUGUUGAGGCUUUGCUGCAGGGAUGUUUUCUUUAAAAUAAACAGCCUGUCAGAUCAGAUGGAAUGAUGGAUUUUAAGGUUUACAAACUGAGCUGUAAAAGAGGUUCAAAAAUCUAUAUUCCCAUUCUAAGCUUCUCUGUGAUUCUGUUGUAAGCGGAUGAUUAUAUGCUAUUUUGCAAGUUUGGGUUAUUGCAACAUGAUUGUUAGAAGGGCUAUUAUGCAACAUAAGAGAAAACAUGCCAUUAUAAUUAUCUGCGUUUCUAAUGGAGCGCAUUUCACCUUCUGUGCCUUGAUGUUCCUACUUUUUAACAUUUUUUUCUUUCAAACCUUUUGUACGCUUGUCCUGUCACGGCCGCUGCUGAGGCCAUAAUUACCAGUUUAUAGCAUGCGUUUAAAAGCUACAGGAAAUCACCUUUAACCCUUGUGGGUGUCCCCCCUGUUUCUCCCCAUCCCCUAUAGCAUGCUAGUGCCCUCAAUGUCCCACCCUAUUGAUCAAACCCAGUUAAACAUUAUAUUUAUUUAUUUGUUUGUUAGUUUUGACUUUAGUUUUCAUACUGUUGUAAUAAAUAUGGAUUUUCCUCCUUGUGAUGUUGAAAGCAUAAACACUUUAUCCCAUUUUUUUCUCUUUGCAAGUUUUAGAAAAAAUGGUACAUGCUGUAAGUUUUUGUUGUUUAUUUAUCUUAUUGCAUCUCAUAAAUUAGUAUUUUAAACAUUUGAAUUUUUUUAAACAUUAAUAGUAGUUUUUUUCAUAGUUGUAAGGUUUCUUUAAGUGUGAUUCAAUACCAUGGCUGGAAGAAAUGGAAAAUAAUUUCACCUUUUAGUGUAUUUAA